CAGUCGUUUGACUACAUUUCAAGCGAGAGGAGAGAAAUCGAGAGAGACGAGAUAUAGAGAGAGAGACUAUAGAGAGAGAGGAUGAAUACAGACAUAACAGCAUCGACGAAGCCAGAGUAUCCGGUAGUAGAUCGGAAUCCACCCUUCACCAAGACCGUCGCUAACUUCAACACUCUCGAUUACCUUCGCCUCACCACCAUCUCCGGCGUCGCCAUCACCGUCGGCUACCUCUCCGGAAUAAAGCCAAAUAUAAGAGGGCCAUCCAUGGUGACUGGCGGUCUGAUUGGAGUGAUGGGUGGAUUCAUGUAUGCGUAUCAGAACUCUGCAGGUCGACUCAUGGGUUUCUUCCCUAAUGAGGGUGAGGUUGCUCGUUUCAAAAAGAUGCACUAGCACUUUCUUCAUGGGUUUGCUUGUUUUGCGUCUGUUAUUUGCCUUUGAUAGCAAAAUUUGAAUGAACAAUUCGGGUGUUCAAUUUUCCCAUAAAAUGCAUUAUGCUAGUGCUACUAAUAAUCAGACUUUUACCUCAGGAAUCACUAGUUGUGAAAUUUUAGUAAUUAUGGCAAUGCUUUGCUCAAACCUGUUUUGAUAUUUCUCGUUCGCGAACCUGCUUGUGAUCUUUAUAUAUUAAAAUGCAUUUGAAUCGA